UCCAUGUGACCAGGAGGUCAUCAAGUGUUCAAGCCGCGGAAAUAGUCUCUUGCAGAAAUAUACGGGAAGACUGCGUACAAUAGAUCAUAAGUAGUAGUCCUAAGACUAUAUUCCCGGAAUACAAACGACCCCUUAAUCUUCUAGGUCCCCCUUUUUCUGGAAGGCAUAGAAUUUAGGAAAAAAGUUGAUAUUUGAAGUGUUUCAAUGUUUUAUGUCGGUGUGGUUUUAGAAACAAAGCAGAUUACAACAACAAGAAAUGACAUGCCAGUAUGAAGAGGGUAUAUAGAGUUGCUUCCAAUACAUCCUCUGACAUUACACAAAUCAAGUAUGUAAAGCUAAUCCAGUAAUGAAGAAGCCAUACUGAAAACAAAAAAAGAUGAGAAUCGUAGCAACAAUAAAUAAUAUGAUAAUCGAAGCCAAGGAGACAAUAUGUAAUGCCAAAUUCAAAGGAUAAGAUAGUAGGAGAGUAAUAAUAACGAUACUGAUUAGGAGUAGAAACAAAACAGAUACUUCUAUCUAAAACUAAAAACAAAAUAAUUUUGUUAUUGUUGAUCUAUUCAUGUGAUUGAGUAAACUACUUUUAACUAUAUAACAAUGGCAUAAAUUUUUUAUAAAUUUAUGAUAGAUGUAGCACUUAGCUCUAGAAUGGUUUAGAUGCUCCUUUUCUCUGUUCUGGCUCGAACAUCUACAUUGCGAUGCAAUUAUUUGCUGUCAUACAUUCAUUAGGAAUUGCAUAUUUAACAGAUCUCAUGCCAAAGUAUCCGGGUGUUUCUCAUCUGCUAAUUAUCUCGUGUCGAUUCAGCUUCCUGAAAAAAAUAUAGCAAUAGUUGAUUCAUUGAAGACACUCUUUUUGCCAAAGUACGUCCGAGUUGCAUUCCCCCAGUCUUUUUUUUUUUCUUUUUUGAAAAAAAUAAUUUUUGGAUGGAUUAUUUGGUCUCUUUGAAUACCUGCACGGAGUUGCCUUAGUUUAUCCUUAUUAUCUAUGCUUGAAAGUUAAAUGUAUCACUUGCACAAAUUUUGAAUAGUUCUUGCCUUUUGCUGUCACUCAUGCAAGCAGGUGAUGAAAUCUAAGAACAAAACUGAUUUUUUAUAGUGUAGAACCCCGGAGACUUGGAAGAUUACAGAGUGGAACAGGGAUAUGUCAUUUAGCCAGAAAGUCCUCUACUUGAAGGCGUCGCAAAGACGUUUGCGGUCUCCAUGGCUAAUCCAAACCUAUUCUUUCUCAAACAUUGUCCACAAGAAAACGAAGCUUGCUCCUCUACAGGAACGUAGAAUGAUUGACCGCUUUCGCAUAUGGGCCAAAGGAGGUGACGGUGGCAACGGUUGUACCAGUAUUCGUCGUAGUCGACAAGAUCGCCGUGGCAGACCUGAUGGUGGGAAUGGUGGACGGGGUGGUGACGUGAUAUUAGAAUGUUCUCCUACAAUGUGGGAUUUGAGUGCUCUGCAGCAUCACAUUGUAUGUCAAAGAGGGGGGACUGGGUCAUCCAAAAAUAUGAUAGGAACCAGAGGAGUUGACAAGGUGGUCCAUGUUCCUGUUGGUACCGUAAUUCAUCUAGUAGAGGGUGAACUUCCAUCGGCAGUUGAGAAGAGUUCAAGUUCUAAGUUGGACCUUUGGGAGAUUCCAGGUACAGUUGAUAUUGAUUUGCCAGAGUUUUCUACACAAUCAAAUUUGGUGGAUCAAACCAGGUCAAAAGUUGAGAAGAAAGUCAAAUCAAGUGGGCAUCAAGCUCGUGAUGGUGAAGAAUCCACUACAUCUAGGAGAAGAACUUUUGGUUUGCCGACCUAUUCCAGCACAUUGUGCUCAAUUGCUGGACACAAAUUCAAAUAUGAUGUUGAUGAUUUUUCUGAUUACGAGGAAGAAAACUGUGGACAAUUGGAAGAUAAAGAUGGUGAUGAUAUCAUGGGAACAGAAUGUGAAGAUGAGUUGGAAGAAACUGAACUUAUAGAAUACAAUGUGGCAGAGUUAACUGAACAAGGCCAACGAAUAGUGGUUGCUCGUGGAGGGGAGGGUGGCUUAGGAAAUCUGUCCCAGAGGAAAGUGUCUAAGAUGAUGCAAAAGAGAGCCGAUUCUGAUGAUGAAGUAUCUGAUGAUUAUGAUCAUGCAUCACCAAAUGUUGGCUUGCCUGGCUCAGAGGUGGUACUUGUGCUAGAAUUGAAAAGCAUUGCUGAUGUG